AUGUCAAAUGAAACAGCGUCUAUGAGAGAAAUACAACACAACCGACAACUCAUUAUGCAAGCUCUAAAUAAGAACACAACAAACUUUUCAAACUAUUCUAAGAUAUCUGAGUCAUUGAAAGGGGGUGACUUAAAACUGACAAUAAACCCAAUGACAGAUGAGUUUCUGUUUCAAGACAAUAAGAACCAUACUGUCUGUAUAAAUCCAACAAAAGGAACUUUAAACGAGAAACCUAUAAAUGAACUUCUUUUGAAAGCAGAUGUUGACAACAAAGCUGACAAAGAAUAUGUAGACGAUGCAAUAGCAAAAGAAGAAGAAAGAGCUAACAAUGCUUAUGCAACAAAAGAACAUACUCAUCCUGAACUAGCAGACAAAACAUAUGUUGACAAUAAAAUGUCAAGUGAAGUGACAAGAGCUGAAAACGAAUAUUCUAAAAAGACUCAUAUACAUUAUAUUAACCAAAUACCAAGUCUUAAGGAAACAUUAGAGACAAAAGCAGAUAAGACUCAUACACAUUCUAUAUCUGAUAUUACAAACUUACAAGAAACCUUAAACAGGAAAAGUGCCGUUGGACAUACACAUUCUAUAUCUGAUAUUACAAACUUAAACGUUAGCCUUGAAAAUAAAGCAGAUAAAACAUAUGUCAAUGAAAUAUACCAAAGUUUGAUAGGAACAAAAAAAAUAUUGAAACUAUUGUUGGUGACUUUUCUGUCAAUGAAGAAAAUAAAUAUUUUAGAUGGCAGUUGGUACAGUCCUUAA